AUGUUGGGGGAUUUGUACAGCGGCGGCGGCGGGGGCGGGCUGUUCAGGGUUUCGAUGUGCGGCGGCGGCGCGGAGGCGCGUGAGAUCGAGCAGCUGUCGAGGGAGGGCAGUCAGUACAGCCUCUCGACCGGGAUUCUCCCUUCUCUCGGCGCCAGAAGUAAUCGCAGGGUCAGGCUCAGUCCUUACAUUGUUUCACCCUACGACCGCCGUUACAGAACAUGGCAAAACUUUCUUGUCAUACUUGUUAUCUACACCGCCUGGGUAUCCCCAUUCGAAUUCGGGUUUCUUGAUAAGCCCGCGGCCCCCCUAUCAAUCACGGAUAACGUUGUCAAUGGAUUUUUCUUUAUCGACAUUGUCCUUACAUUCUUCGUGGCUUACCUGGACCGGACUUCCUAUCUUCUCGUCGACAGCCGAAAGCUGAUUGCUCGGAAGUAUGCCACCACUUGGCUGUUAUUUGACGUCAUAUCCACAGUCCCGUCUGAAUUCGCUCGUAAAAUAUCCCCAAAACCUCUUCAGGCUUACGGCCUUUUCAAUAUGCUUCGCCUCUGGCGUCUAAGAAGGGUCGGCGCCUUAUUUGCCCGAUUGGAGAAAGAUAAGAAUUUCAACUACUUUUGGGUGAGGUGCUGCAGACUCAUUUGUGUUACCCUUUUUACAGUUCAUUGUGCGGCUUGCUUUAAUUACCUGCUAGCGGCCCGUUAUCACGACAAGCAAAAGACUUGGAUUGGAGCAGUUAUGGAGAAUUUUACCGAGCAGAGCCUGUGGGUCCGGUACGUGACCUCGGUGUACUGGUCGAUUACGACCCUCACGACCGUUGGCUAUGGAGAUUUGCAUGCUGAGAACACGAGGGAGAUGAUUUUCGAUCUCUUUUACAUGCUUUUUAAUCUGGGACUAAUGGCAUACCUCAUAGGAAACAUGACAAACCUGGUUGUGCACGGGACUAGCAAGACUCGGCAAUUCAGAGAUACGGUUCAAGCGGCUACAAGUUUUGCUGUGAGGAACAAAUUGCCAGCUGGUCUGCAAGAGCAGAUGCUUUCGCAUUUGUGCUUGAAGUUUAGAACCGACUCAGAGGGGUUGCAACAGCAAGAGAUUCUUGAUUCGCUUCCGAAGGCCAUUCGGUCGAGUAUUUCACAUUUCCUUUUCUACUCUCUUGUAGACAAGGUAUACUUGUUUCGUGGGGUCUCGAACGAUUUACUCUUCCAGCUGGUCUCCGAGAUGAAGGCUGAGUAUUUCCCUCCAAAAGAGGAUGUAAUCUUGCAGAAUGAAGCACCAACCGACUUCUACAUUCUUGUAACGGGGGCAGUGGAACUAUUGAUUUUGAAAAAUGGAGUUGAACAGGUUGUUGGAGAAGCCAAAGCCGGAGACCUCUGUGGCGAAAUUGGUGUACUUUGUUACAGGCCUCAGUUAUUCACCGUGCGAACAAAAAGAUUAAGCCAGCUAUUGCGUCUCAAUCGUGCUACAUUCUUGAACAUUGUUCAAGCAAAUGUUGGAGACGGCACAAUUAUCAUGAACAAUCUUCUUCAGCACUUGAAGGAAUUAAAGGACCCUAUAAUGGAGGGAAUUCUGUUAGAGACUGAAAAUAUGCUUGCUCGUGGGAGAAUGGAUUUACCUCUAACUCUAUGUUUUGCGGCACAUAGAGGAGACGAUUUGCUUUUGCAUCAAUUGUUAAAAAGGGGUCUCGAUCCUAAUGAGUCCGAUAAUAAUGGAAGAACAGCACUUCAUAUAGCUGCAGCGAAAGGAAACGAGAACUGCGUACUUCUUCUGCUGGAUUUCGGGGCCGAUCCAAACAGCAGAGAUUCAGAAGGACGAGUACCCCUCUGGGAGGCCAUGGUCAACUCGCACAAGCCCGUGGUCAAACUACUCUCCGAAAACGGGGCGAAGCUCUCGUCAGGCGACGUGGGCAUGUUCUCGUGCACGGCUGCCGAACAAAACAAGUUGGAACUCCUGAAAGAGAUUAUCCGCCUUGGGGGUGAUGUCACCCUCCCGAGGGAUGACAACGGGUCCACAGCCCUCCAUGUGGCGGUCUACGAGGGCAACACGGAUAUCGUCCGUUUUCUCCUCGGGCGCGGGGCCCGGCCCGACCGGGUGGACGGGGACGGAUGGACCCCGCGUGACCUGGCCGAGCAGCAGGGCCACGACGACAUCCGCGAACUCUUCGACUCCCAUCAACGGGCCCGCACGAUCGAGACAGCUGUGUCCACCCCGGCCGAGCAGAGCCGUGGGGUCCGCUUCAUAGGGCGUUUCAGGAGCGAGCCCGUCUUGCUUCCGGGCCCACCCAUGGGGCCCAACGGGCUGUGGGGGGGCCCGCGGCCAAGGCGGAGAGCCAAUGACUUCUGUAAUUCUUUGUUUGGGAUGAUGUCGGCUGUGGGGUCCGCCGGUGGGGAGUUUGGGGUGGUGGAGAAUGGGAAAAAUGCGGCUCGGGUGAUCGUGAGCUGCCCGGAGAAAGGGGAUAAUGCGGGGAAGCUUGUGGUGCUCCCGGGCAGCUUCCGGGAGCUGAUGGAGAUUGGUGAAAGGAAGUAUGGGCUUUCGGGCGGGACGGUUUUUAGAGGAGAUGGUGCUGUGGUUGAUGAUAUUGAGCUGAUUCGGGACGGCGAUCGUUUGGUUUUCACGAGUGGGACGAAUUAG